AUGGGGUCCUCGACACAUCCGCGGCACGUCGCGCAGGUGCUGCUCUCGGAGCUCGGCCUCGACGUCGUGUCGUGCACGGAGCUGCAGUCGCUUUGGGCCGGCUACGGCCACAUCUGCGCCGUCGAGGCGCGGCCCUCGCCUACAUCACCGCGCGCCGCUGCCGCCACCCACGAGAGGAACCCCUCCGAGCCGCGGGACAGCAUCGACAGCGAGGCCGACGGCGACGGCACGCUGCACCUCGUCCUCAAGCUCAUCGCGCCGCCGACGCGCCACGGCGACGAGGGCCACCUGCGCAAGAUGCUUAGCUACCAGGUGGAGCAGUACUUUUACGACGAGGUUGCGCCGGCCCUGGCCGCGGGCGAGAAGGAUGGCGGGCCGGCCGUCGCGGUGUGCCUUGCGUCGACGAGGAGGCGGAUGACGGCGGCGGGGACGGAGGCAGAGCAGCCUCUCGGCGACGACCUCAUCGCCACCGUCAUGACGGACCUGAGGGGCGAGUAUCCCGUCGCCGGCGAGAAGCGCGCUGCGCUUGAUGCGCGUCAGGUUCACGCUGCGCUGGAGUGGCUCGCCCGGUUCCACGGCGGCUCAUGGAAGCUGCUCGGGGCGGGGCCUCGCCGCCUCGACGACGCGCUCCUCCUCCCGCCGCUGGAGGAGGAGUCACGGCGGAAGCAGAACCCCGGGCGCGCGGGCAGAGGGCAGCUCUGGCUCAACGGCGGGUACACGUACCUCGCCACGCGGAGGAGCGAGUACGCCGCGCUCGCCCGCGACGGCAGCUCCGAGUGGUGCGCGGCACUAUGCAAGCCCCUGAACCGCGACCCCUCGUGGCCUUCAUCCUCGCCGUCGUCCGUCGCGGAGCUGGUGGCUGAGUUCCUCACGCCGCGGGGCCGCCCCUUCGAGACGUACAUCCACGGCGACGUCAAGUCGGAGAACCUCUUCGCCACCGACGCGGGCGACCGCGUCGCCUUUUUCGACUUCCAGUACGCGGGCGUCGGGCUCGGCGUCUGCGACCUGGCCAAGCUGUUUACGUGCUCGGUUCCGCUCGACAUGCUGCUGGCCGGCGACGAGGAAGGUCGCGCAGCGAGGAUAAAAGUACCGCGGCGGGGUCCGCUGGCCAUGGGCGCGGGCGAGAGGCGUCUGCUGGAGGAGUACCGCGGGACGCUCCUGGCGCGGCGCUCGUCGCCGUCGUUCUCGCCGCCCGAGUACCCGUGGGAGACGUUUGUGCGGCACUGGGAGGCGGCGCUGGUGGACUGGUGCCGGUUCCAGGCCUCGUGGGGGUUCUGGGGCAACACCGAGUGGCUGCAGGCGCGGGUGCGGUCGAUUCUCGCGGACGAGGGGUGGAGGGAGUGGCUGCUGCGGGAGGUGUCGUCAUGA